GACUUAUGCACCUACGCGUCAUGGACGAAUUAACGAGUGUGGAAGAGCUGAGAAGGCAGCUUCGAGAGGCAGAGCAACGCGCAGAAAAAGAGCAGCAACGCGCAGAAAGAGAGCAGCAACGUGCGGAAGAAGCGGAGAAAGAACGGCAGCAGGAGCGACAACGCGCGGAAGCGUCAGAACAACAAACUCGACCCACUACACUUGACGAAUACAUCGCUGCCUGCCAUGAUCUGGUUUUCUCCAGCUUCAACAUUGAACGGGACCAGAAACUGACCUCGAAGGGGCCUAUCACCAACCCACGAAAUAAAUGGUGCCCCACAAAUGUCCGGCCAUGGUCCGACUUUAUUCAGCAACAGAGAAUAACAUUCGGCACAGUUUACGACACUUUCCCUGCCGACAGCCGUGUCUUUGAGAAUCGAGCUUUCCUCACCGGUUUAGGGAAAAGGAUCUCAGUGCGUAAGAUAGCAGACGAGAAGACGCUCGAGUCCUUCUUGCACAGCAGUGUCGAGGAUCCUGUCAAAGCGAUUAUAGGGAAGCUUAAAGAGGUGGAAGGGGUCAGAAGCGCAUUUGACCUAGGGAACGGAAUAAUUUUCGAGAAUCAUCCACAUGCCAUCAGCGACGUUGCAGAGGAGGUGGUAUACCGCGAUACCCCAUCGACCCCACCUGCUACUCCAAACCACAGUCUCGAUUUCAACAGGCUGCGACCCGAUCAGAUCUGCGUCUACCGAUCCAACGACGCGGGCUCGGAAAGACGCACAAUGAUUUACAUUUCCGAGUACAAACCACCCCACAAGCUAACCGCGCCGCACCUUCGCGUUGGUCUACGCCCGAUGAAUAUUUACAAGGAAGUGGUUAACCGGAAGACCAUCCCAACGUCGAUGGACCCAGAUGCACGUUUCCAGUACCACGCCGAGAGGCUGACUGCGGCCGCCAUUACGCAAACCUACCACUAUAUAAUUGAAGGGGGACUCGAGUAUGGUCUAUUGACGACGGGCGAAGCGAUCGUGUUUCUCAAGAUCGACUGGCGCGAGCCUGAAACGCUUUUUUAUCACCUUGCAAAGCCUAAUGCUGAAGUGUUGGCCCAUCCGGACCAUUUUCACUUGUGCACGGCAGUCGGGCAGUAUCUAGCCUUUAGCCUCAUGGCGCUGGGUCUACCGGGUGAAAAACGAUUGCGUGGGCAAGACGAGCGCCACCAGGCUACUCAGAAGCUGAAGACUUGGGUGGAAGAUUUCGAUACAACGCUCAGAUCGAUUCCAGAGGACGAGCGACUCGCGCCGGACAGUUCACCCGGCUAUCAACCCGAAACUUAUAAAGGUGUCGAUCGAUCUCCCUACCUUCUCCGGAGAAGAAGACAUCGGCAUGUGGGCGAUGAGCCUAAGAAGGAAUACGAGCAUAGAGAGCCAGGAGAAUCAUCAGACGACGAAUCAGCACGGGAUUUGCCAGACACACCGAGCCCGACAGAACGGCGGAUACGCAGAAAAGGUCGGGGAGCUCAGGGAGCUCGACGCAGCGAGCGGAUUCUAGCUCGACGGCCGCGGGGUGGGGGCGGAGAAGGAAGCAACGAGAAAGACAGGCCCUACUGCACCCAAAAGUGCCUGUCAGGGCUCGUCAAGGGCGGAUUGCUCGACGCAAAAUGCCCUAACAUGGCACUACACAACAGGCAGCCCAGCUCUCACAGCAACCGCAAUAGUGGCCCAAGCCGCGCCUGUGCCCGUCAUCCAAUAAACCGCGCCGAAUUUCUCAAUCUGCUCUUCGAGCAGCUACAACGGUCAUUAGACAAGGGGAUUACGCCGUUGGGCUAUGGAGGUGCACGCGGCGUAUUAUUCAAGGUUUGCCUGGUUAACUAUGGCUAUACCUUUGUCGGCAAGGGCACGGUUCGGGCAUUUGUAAAAGACCUUGAGCACGAGGCGGCGGUUUACACACGUCUGCAACCCAUCCAAGGUGUAUAUGUGCCCGUCUUUCUCGGGGUCAUCGAUCUCCGGAUAAUAAACAGGGUGUACUACUAUGACCAUCGUGUCUACGUAAUACAUAUGACGUUCUUGUCGUGGGGGGGAUGUGACCUUGAUGCGACAGGGAUCACGGGUGGUGGGGAGGAAGAGCUCGAAAGGAAGGCAAUGCGGUCGUUGCACGCAGUGCAUCAACUGGGAGUGGCCCACAAGGAUGUGCGAGGGGCAAACAUGCUUUUCAACGCGGAGACCAGCGGUGUUAUGAUGAUCGACUUCGAAAGGGCACUGCUGCUUGAGCCACCUCGACCUCCGUUGGUUCAGCUAGCGUCGAACAAACGAAAACGGAAGCCAGAUGUGGUAUAUCCCACCAAGUCGGGGAAGCCGGUUGGUCGAAGUCAAGUUAGCAGGGUAUUUUCCGAGGACAUCGGGCUGAUGAAGAUGGCCUUUGACAGGCCGCAACCGUUUUAACACGAAUAACUUGACCUGCAGAAUAUUGCUACCAGCUGAUUUAAGCCGUAGCGGGUAUAUACGCCGGGGCAGCGCUGACGAACAAGAAGAGUGUGGUUGUGUAAAAUUCCAAUCCUAAUGCGAAAAUGAUCCUAAAAUCUAUGCUUGUCUGUUUUGUACUUGGUUUCUUCUCCUUUCCCUUUACCUUUACCUUCCCGUUCGUUCUUUUUUAGUUCAGUGUUUAACAACCGGGCCUAACUUAUGCCAUCUUAUGAGCAGACAAGCAAUAGCUGGCUUGUCAACCACGAUCGCAUGCAAGUGUUUUAAACAGCCGCCGGUCUGUACGGCGCCGGGAUGGGUACUGCAACUGUCAGCGUUGCAGCCGAGUUCUGGACCGUUCGGAGGACGAUUGCGUCUACAAUCCUCAUCACUGCGCUGUAGCGUAGUUUUAGGCGGUGGUACGGGCUUUUGUAAAUCGAAGGGCCCUGGGCUAAGUAAAACCUCUCUCUGGCAUCGUUGUGCGCACCCAUGGACUUUUGGGGCUUUCUUUUCGAGAAAAGACGAUAGAGAACAAAUACAAGCCAACAGUUACGACA